UUUCGCUUCAUCUAUUCGAGUUUGCGGGUCGAAUCCAAAUUAAUUGCAAACGAAAUUUUUAAGAAAGUGAUUCCAAUCUAUCUCUAUUCAAAUAUCGAGAGAAAAUUUCAAUUUCGCAUAAAUAACAAAAAAUUCGCAUUUUGUGGUGUAAGUGGUUACAAGAAAAGGUUUAUACUUGUGAUUUUCAAUUUGAGGUGCUUUUGAGAAAAAAUAUCAAAAUGGCAGUGCAAAUGCAACCCUCUGUUAUGAAUAUUAAAGAUGGAGAGAGUUUUGAAAAGGCGUCUCAAGAUCUUAGAUCUAGAUAUACGCUGGGAGACGCACUGCCCACAAAUUUGGCAAGUUUGUCCAUAAUGUCACCUGGUGGAAUACAGAAUGAGUCCCGAGAACAGCAGCCUGCCGGGCACGCCCUUACAAAAAGGAUGGAGUCCGUCUCUGGCGCCAUCACCACAGAGGCGUACAGUAUUCAGCCUUUGACAGUUGAACAUCACGAACGAGCACUGGAACACCUCAGGAAAUACUUCUUCAGGGACGAACCGCUCAAUGUUAACAUGGGCCUGCUAUCGAAAGAAGAUGACCGAUGUAUAGAACUAGAAGAAUAUGCAUUGACAUCUAUGAAAAAAGGAGUUUCUUUAAUGGCUGUGAGUGAACGCGGUGAGCUCGUCGGUGUUGUCAUAAACUGUGUUACUGAAAGAGAAGAUGCAGCUACGAUAUCGGAUCCAUCCAAGGACUGCGCAAAUCCAAAAUUCGCCAAGAUUCUUGCCCUCCUGCACCAUGUGAGCCAAGAAGCCAAUGUUUUUGGCCAAUUUCCUGAUGUGCAACGUGUUUUGAACAUAUCAAUACUGUCGGUCGAUAGCAAUUGGCGAGGCAGAGGAAUUGCCAGGGCGCUUACUGAUGCCACGGCCGAAUAUGCUAAAGAUCACGCCGUUGAAAUGUUGCGAGUGGAUUGUACGAGCCAUUUUACGGCCCUUAUCUCAGAAAGGCUCGGUUUCCAUUCCAUCUACAGUUUGCCAUAUGCACAGUACAUCAAAGACGGAAAACCCGUAUUCAACCCACCGCCCCCACAUUUGGAAAUCAAAGUCUUUGUUCAUCGAGUCGAUGAAGACAAACGCAAAACCAAACUGAACAUUUUGUACCACUAAGGCAAAAUAUCUGUGAACUGUGGACUAACAUAAGAG